AUGACAUUGACGAUUCAGUCUACAGCCACGAGCGAUGACAAAGAAAACGCGUCAACACCAAAAAGUGCAGCUCCUAAGCGGCUCUAUGGUGGAACACCACAGUCUGUAGAUAGGCUUAUUCGCCCAUUUAAAUGCCCCGGCUCGGCCGUUGCAACUCGAGUUUGCGAGAAACCAACGCGAAAGCGACGAAAGGUUGACUAUGGAGGAGCAGAUGGCGAGAAGGAGGAUGGAGAGAAGCCGUGGACAAACGAGGACCGCCUUGCGCUGGCAAAUAGGGACGUCAACAAAUUCCCAGUCUUCCAGGUCAAAGAUAAGAAGACGAUGUUUAGGCAGCGUUUCGCGGUCCCAUUGAUCAAUAAAGAUGUUGGCGGCUAUAAUCCUAAUCGACCGCCUCCGACGCUGGGACUAAGGCAAGGAGCUGUCUUUGUUGCAAAGCCGCUCCACGACCCGGCCGGAGAGUUUGCGAUUGUGCUAUACGACCCUACUAUUGACGAUGUACCGAAAACGAUAGAAGACGCCAAGAAAAUCGAGAGCAGCCAAGAAGUGGUAAAAGUGGACGAGCCCAUCAUUCACAAGAGUCUGGCAGAUAUUCUGGGUAUCAAGAAGAAAGUCGAAGGAGAAAGACCGAAAGUGCCAGUGGUCAUAGAUCCAAGGCUCGCCAAGGUUCUUCGACCCCAUCAAAUCGAGGGUGUCAAGUUUAUGUACAAGUGCGUCACAGGCAUGAUCGACGAUAGGGCAAAUGGCUGCAUUAUGGCCGACGAAAUGGGACUUGGGAAAACACUACAGUGUAUCACGUUGAUGUGGACGUUACUGAAACAGUCAACAGAUGCUGGAAAGCCGACGAUACAAAAAGUCAUCAUUGCUUGCCCCUCGAGUUUGGUUCAAAAUUGGGCCAACGAGUUGGUGAAAUGGCUUGGAAAAGGCGCGAUUGUGCCGUUCGCUAUUGAUGGCAAGGCGAGCAAGGAAGAGCUCACUCAACAGUUAAGACAGUGGGCUAUUGCCAGCGGUCGGGCGGUGACAAGGCCUGUCAUCAUUGUUUCCUACGAGACACUCCGUCUUAAUGUCGACGAGCUCAAGAACACACAGAUAGGUCUUAUGCUGUGCGACGAAGGUCACCGACUGAAGAACGGAGACAGCCAGACAUUCACUGCGCUCAACAACCUAAACGUUUCAAGGCGAGUAAUUCUGUCCGGGACACCUAUUCAGAACGACUUGUCAGAAUACUUCUCGCUGGUCAGCUUCGCGAACCCAGACUUGCUCGGCACCCGCCUCGAGUUUAGGAAGAAAUACGAGCUUCCUAUCUUGAAGGGACGAGAUGCCGCAGGUACUGACAAAGACCGCGAGAGGGGUGACGAUUGCCUUCGCGAACUGCUGGGUGUUGUCAACAAAUUCAUCAUUCGCCGGACGAACGAUAUUUUGUCGAAGUACCUGCCAGUUAAGUAUGAGCAUGUUGUCUUCUGUGGCCUUGCGCCAUUCCAACUAGACCUCUACAACUAUUUCAUCACGAGUCCCGAAAUCAAGGCUCUUCUCAGGGGCAAAGGAAGCCAGCCUUUGAAGGCUAUUGGCAUGCUCAAAAAGCUUUGCAACCACCCUGACCUUCUCAACCUCUCCGACGACCUUCCGGGAUGUGAACAAUACUUCCCUGAAGACUAUGUUCCAAAGGACGCCAGGGGCCGUGACCGAGAUGUUAAGCCCUGGUACUCAGGGAAAAUGCAAGUCCUCGACCGUAUGCUGGCGCGCAUCCGACAAGAUACGAACGACAAGAUCGUCCUCAUCAGUAACUACACCCAAACCCUCGACAUAUUCGACAAGCUAUGCCGUUCCCGCGGCUACGGCUCCCUCCGUCUCGACGGCACAAUGAACGUAUCCAAGCGCCAAAAGCUAGUCGACAAAUUCAACGACCCCGACGGCCCCGAGUUCGUCUUCCUCCUUAGCUCCAAAGCCGGUGGCUGCGGCCUCAACCUCAUCGGCGCUAACCGCCUCGUCCUCUUCGACCCCGACUGGAACCCCGCUGCCGAUCAGCAGGCACUAGCAAGAGUCUGGCGUGACGGACAGAAGAAGGACUGUUUCGUGUACCGCUUUAUCGCCACAGGCACCAUCGAGGAGAAGAUCUUCCAGCGCCAGAGCCACAAGCAGUCGUUAUCAUCGUGUGUUGUCGACUCGGCGGAGGAUGUAGAGAGGCAUUUCACGCUUGAUAGUCUGAGGGAGUUGUUCCAGUACCAUGGCAAGACGACGAGUGAUACGCAUGACACGUUUAAGUGUAAGCGGUGUAAGCCGGAUGGGAAGCAGUUUUUGAAGGCCCCGGCGAUGCUGUAUGGUGAUACGAGUACGUGGAAUCAUUUUGUGAAUGCGGGGAUUGAGAAGAUUCAGGAUUUGCUGCUGAGGCAGGAGUUUGGGGAGAAGGAUGUUAGUGCGGUGUUUCAGUAUAUCUCGCAUUAG